AUGUCCGGAUACUAUCCUCCUCCUCCAGGUGGAAAUGGAGCUCAGCAGCAAUAUGCUCCUCCUCCUUCCUCGCCGCCACCAACGCAAACAAGCCAUGCUUAUAGCUAUCCCCCACCUCCACAGCAAGGAACUCCUCCUCAAGGAGGAUCCUACCCUCCACCUCCACCACAGCCUACCCCUCCUCAGGUUCAGCAGCACUACCAAUCCCCUCCUUCACAGCAGGUCCCAGCCCAAGUGCAGCAGCACUACCAGAGCCCUCCAAAUUUCUCCCACCGCACAUCUUACCAACAGCCUCCGGCUCAAGCUCCUGCCUCUCCUCCCUAUGAGCAGCCUCAACAGCAAGCUUAUGGUCAUCAUUCCGCACAUCAGUCCAUGGAGUAUCCUCCUGAAAAGCCGGCUCUAGAUACUAGUGCUACCGCGAACCUUGACCAUGGAGCUCCAGCUGCUGAACACUUCGUAGGAGUUAGUACCACUCAAGAUGAUGUGGGAACAUUCAAUGGAGGAAGUUAUAGAAUCAGCCACAGAGAUACGAACACGAUUCUCACCUGCCAAUUGGCAAUGGGCUGUCCAUUGACUGUGCGACCUGGUGCAAUGAUUGCCAUGACUCCAACAAUAACUCUUAAGGGACAGGUCAAAUUCUCUAUGAAGAAACUACUCAUGUCAGGUGAAAUGACACACUCAACAUUUACCGGUCCAGGAGAGCUACUAUUAGCUCCACCCUCGCUUGGUGACAUCACGAACAUACAUCUGUCAGGUAAUGAGCAGUGGUCCGUCGGUCGUGACGCCUUCUUGGCUUCCACGCAGGGUGUGAUCAAGGAAUAUAAGAGACAGGGUAUUGGAAAGGCGAUGUUCUCAGGUGAGGGCAUGUUCGUGUAUAAAAUAAGUGGAAAUGGUCUUCUAUGGAUAACGAGUCUGGGUGCUAUCAUUCGAAAGGAUCUUGCGGAUGGUGAACGCUAUAUUGUUGACAAUGGUCACUUGGUGGCGUGGAACACAAAGUAUAUUCUCGAGCGAGUAGCAUCUGGUGGUAUUAUCUCAGGUCUGUCAUCUGGAGAAGGCCUGGUUUGCAAGUUCACUGGUCCCGGUACAGUAUUUAUGCAGACAAGGAACCCUGCCGCAUUUGCACAAUGGUUGGGUACUCAUGCAGCAGCAGCGUAG